GGCUGUGAAAGGCUCGAGGCUGUGCUGGGAAAUGAGUUUUCCUCAGACUUGAGGCCAGGAGGACCAGCACACGGAAGGGGACGAAGAAUCCAGGGUGUGGCAGAAGACUCUGAAGGGAAGCUAAGGGGGACGGAUCCAGUGAGACGUCCGGGGCAACAAACAAGUUUCUGAAAAUGGACCGACCUGUGAGGCCCAGAUUGGCCUCUCUCAGUGACUUUCAGUUUGGAGCUGUUGCCACAGAGACGAUCGAAGACGCUCUGCUCCACUUGGCCCAGCAGAAUGAGCAAGCCGUGCGGGAGGCUGCGGGCCGGAUGGGCAGCUUCAGGGAGACCCGGAUCGUGGAGUUUGUUUUUCUCCUGUCUGAACAAUGGUGUCUGGAGAAAUCCGUGAGCUACCAGGCUGUAGAAAUCCUAGAGAGGUUUAUGGUUAAGCAGGCAGAGAACAUCUGCAGGCAAGCCACAAUCCAGCUGAGAGAGAAGACAGGGCCUCAGAAUUGGAGGGCUCUGAAAGAGCAGCUUUUCAACAAGUUUAUCCUGCGUCUUGUGUCAUGUGUUCAGCUGGCAAGCAAACUUUCCUUCCACUACAAAAUAAUCAGCAACGUUACAGUCCUGAAUUUCCUCCAGGCUCUUGGGUAUCUACACACUAAAGAAGAACUGCUGGAGUCAGAGCUUGAUGUUUUGAAGUCCCUGAACUUCCAAAUCAAUCUGCCUACUCCCCUGGCGUAUGUGGAGAUGCUCUUGGAGGUUUUAGGAUACAACGGCUGUUUGGUGCCAGCCACACAGCUGUAUGCAACCUGCCUGAACCUACUGGACCUAGUCUAUCUUCUCCAUGAACCUGUAUAUGAGAGCCUGCUGAGGGCUUCAAUUGAGAACUCCACACCCAGUCAGCUGCAAGGGGAAAAGUUUAUUUCCGUGAAGGAAGACUUCAUGCUGUUGGCAGUAGGAAUCAUUGCAGCAAGUGCUUUCAUCCAAAACCAUGAGUGUUGGAGCCAGGUUGCGGGGCAUUUGCAAAGCAUCACUGGCAUUGCCUUGGAGAGCAUUGCCGAACUCUCUUAUGCAAUCCUGACUCACAGCGUGGGAGCCAGCACUCCAGGUCGACAGCGGCCUGUUCCACCCCACCUGGUGGCCGGAGCACUGAGGGCUGCGACUUCUCCAACACAUGAGGCCGGCGGAAUCCGCCCAAAAUAAACAGCCUUCUGUCACUGCACUCAUCUCUCCCUUUCCUUACUUUCAUACUCAGCGUACGGAAGUUCCAAGUAUCUUCUGAACUGUGUUUUAUAUUCCAACUUGAUGCUUAUUUUUCUGCAUCAGAGAAAGAGUUCAGGUGAAUAAAGCACGUCCUCUUCGUCGUACCAGACUGAAAAUGUCCAAGAGCCGGGACAAGAUAUUAGAAUAUCAGUGAAAUUAGUUUAUUUUUGUUUAACAAGAUAUUUAUGGCUUUCCUCUUAACUGUUCAUUAAGGGAGAACAUCAGACAUGGAGAUUAGUAUUAACCAGGGGCUCAAAAACUGAGACCAUCUGGGUGACCUUGACUGAGCAUCAAGGAGGUAGCCUUUAUUUCCCCUUAAAGUUAAAUAUCUCUGUUCUGUUACUGAGAGCUACACAAAUAGGGCUUUCUCUACAGCUGUCUACUUUUCAUUAGAGUCUUUUUAAAAAACUAACACCCAUCUCUAAACAUGUUUCAGCAGACUUUCCACAUACCUGCACUUGAACUCGAUUCUCCCAGAAUACAAAGUACUCUAUUCUAGUUAAAGAAAAACCCAACAGUGCACCUCUGGGCAGUUAUCAGACUGCAGUAAAUCUUUUAUUACAAAUAACUAAAUCUCUCCAUAAGGUCUCAAACAGUAUCAAACACAAUUUCAUAUCUCUAACACAGAGCAGAGCAGGCAUUCAGUACUAGAACCAAGUGAGAAGUGUUAAAUUUCAAGCUUCUGAUCACAUCACGUGGUGACCAAAGCUUACAUGUCAUUUUCUCACAUUAUCCAACUGUGCAUCUCACACAUCUUGUAGUCUCAGUGGAGACAAAAGUUUCUAUUUCAUAUUCUAAGUGCAGGAAGUUGAGAGAGAUAAAAUCCAGUGAAAACACAUCAAUCUCAAUUCAACUCAGUCUAAAAAAAAAAAAGCAAA